AUGGCUCUUCUCAGCAUGCUGCCAAGAAUCUGCAAGUCGCCGUACGUGAUGACGCCCAACAAUCUACGCAACGGGUCCCUGCUGACAACAGUAAUCGAGGCACACCAAGCGUCUGCAGAGGCAGAGGCUGAGCAGCAGGAGAUCGACGACGACAACGACACACAACAAGGACCACGGACCUUACGGAACAUCGCGUCACGCCAUGGGCAAGACGACGACAGCGAUGUAGAAGCCCCACAGCCACCUCGUACGGGCAAACGCAACCGGCCGAUGACGGCGAAAGCUCAGCUUCUCCAGGCUGCAGCGAAUGACAGGAAUGACCGCGCCGCCGCUGCCAGCGAGGUGAAACAAGCGCGGGAGCGUAGCAAGCGUGCAAGGCACCUUGCACGACAGUUGUAG